AUGGAGGACGGCAGAGCCAUGGAGGAGGCCAACGGCGACGACCACGGCGCCUUCAUGGAGAAAUUCAUCCUGCCGCCGCCUCCUUCCUCCGAUCAUCAUCAUCAUCAGCAGCUACCCCUGCACGGCCUCACCUUCGCCAUCAAGGACAUCUUCGACGUCGCCGGCCGCGUCACCGGCUUCGGCACCCCGGACUGGGCCCGGACGCACGCGCCGGCCGCCGCAACCGCCCCCGCCGUUCUGGCCGCGCUCGCCGCCGGCGCCACAGGCGUGGGCAAGACGGUGAUGGACGAGAUGGCCUACAGCAUCAACGGCGAGAACGCGCACUACGGCACCCCCGCCAACCCCUGCGCCCCUGGCCGCGUCCCCGGCGGCUCCUCCAGCGGCUCCGCCGUCGCUGUCGCCGCCAGCCUCGCCGACUUCGCCCUCGGCACCGACACCGGCGGCAGCGUCAGGGUGCCCGCCGCCUACUGCGGCAUCUUCGGCCUCCGCCCCUCCCACGGAGUGGUCUCCGCCGAGAACGUCGUCCCCAUGGCGCAGAUGUUCGACACUGUCGGGUGGUUUGCUAGAGAUCUUCCUACGCUGUCUCGUGUCACCGACGUGAUGCUGCCCCCGAUGCCAGCUGCCACCGACGUCGAUGCCGAGAUACGACGACGACCGAGCCGUGUCAUCAUUCCUGCAGGCUGUUUCAAGAUCUUGGGCUCUGUGGACGACCACACCUACGAGAUCCUCAACGCUUCAGCGGCCAAGAUAUUUGGCAGUGAUGCAGUGGUGGACAAUGGAAACCUUGGUGAUUUUGUCUCCAGCAAUGUUCCGAGCAUCGGCAAGUUCAUGACCGACUUGUCCGCGGUCGAAGCAUCAUCGUCGUGUGUGCCGCCUCUGUCUGCCAUCUCACGUGUCAUGCGAGUCCUUCAAAGGUCUGAAUUCAAAGCAAACCACGCGGAGUGGGUGAACAUGGUGAAGCCAAACCUCGGCCCUGGCAUCCGAGAGCGGGUGCAGGAGGCCAUCGCAUCGGAGGAUGAAUCUGCCAUGGAUGAUCUUCAUGCCGUCAGGACUGAAUUCAAAUCUGCGUUAGCCACUCUUCUAAAGGACGAUGGAAUCCUGGCGAUCCCUACAGUCCCCGGCGCCCCACCGAAGCUAUGCCUGGACGCGGCACUGCUGGAGGACUUCCGGGCGAGGGCCUUCUCGCUGCUGUCCAUCGCCGGCCUGUCGGGGUUCUGCCAGAUCAGCAUCCCGCUGAGCACCUGUGACGGCGUCCCGGUGUCAGUGUCGCUGCUCGCGGGGCACGGCGGUGACCGUUUCCUCGUCGCUGUAGCCCAGGAGCUCCAUGAGGCGCUCCAAGCCGAGGCCGCGGCAGCCUGGGGCUCGUCAGCUUAG